CCUCCCCGGGGCGGUGCCGGUGCGGGCGGCGGCGGCGGCGACGGCGCGGGGCCAUGGUGAAGAUCGGCGUCCAGCAGCCGCCGGCGGGGCUCAAGCCGGAGAAGGAGAAGAAGUCGUCGGGGGGCGAUGGGGCGCCGGGCGCCGUGCUGCUGCCCCCGGGCGCCGAGGAGCUGGCUCCUGUGGUGCAGGGCCGGAGGUCAUCGCUCAGUGGGGUGUGCUACCUGACCAUGGGUCUCCUCGUAUUGCUUCUGGGCUUGGUCUUUGCAUCGAUGUAUGUGUAUAGAUACUUCUUCAUCACCCAGCUGCCCCGCGAGAGCGUAUUCCACUGCGGUGUACUUUACGAAGACUCGCUGUAUUCACCAUUCAAAGGGCAGCUGGAGUUGCACGAAGAUGUUAAGAUUUACAUUGAGGAGAACUACGAGCAAAUCAAUGUCCCAGUGCCCCAGUUUGGAGGGAGUGACCCUGCAGAUAUCAUCCACGAUUUCCAGCGAGGUCUGACAGCUUAUCAUGACAUAACGCUGGAUAAGUGCUACGUCAUCGAGCUGAACACCACUAUCGUGAUGCCUCCUCGCAACCUGUGGGAGCUGCUGGUUAAUGUAAAGAAAGGGACGUACCUGCCUCAGACGUACAUAAUCCAGGAGGAGAUGAUCGCAACCGAGCAUGUCAGUGACAUGGAGCAGCUCGGCUCCUUCAUCUACCGCCUCUGCAGUGGCAAGGAGACCUACAGGCUGAAGCGGAGGAGUGCGAGAAGACGUAUCAGUCGACGCGACACUGGAAACUGUCAUCAUAUCCGUCACUUUGAAAACACUUUUGUGGUCGAAACUGUUAUCUGCAAAAAGCCAUGAAGCCAUUCUCCAGAUGUAACCUUCCUUGGCUUUGCUUGCACACACAUGCUCUCAGCCCUCUCUUUAAACAUGGUAAUCUGUCUUACUUUUUUUUUUACUCCCUCCCCUGCUUGUGCAGCAUUAACCUCUUGGGUCCAUUGUAGCCUCACAGUGGAUUCUCUUCUCUCCCUGCUACCUAACUGAGACAUUUGCUGGGCUUAAAUUUACACAGUGGUCAAAGAUAACCUGUGAGUAGAUGCAGCUUAUUCCACACCACAGGACAGGAAUAUCUUUUGGGAGCAGGUUUGGAGCAGAAGGGAUGGCUGAGAAAUAGGUGUGCUGGAAAUAGGUGCUCUUUACCUGGCUGAACGAUUUCAGGCUGGUAUAGCGCUUUGAGGCUGCCUUGGCACUGGGGCAGAAGGUGUAUGUACAAGAGAAGUGUUACCAUUUUGAUGCUGAUGUAAUGACCAGAAAUAUAUAACCAGAUGCACUUAGGAAAAGAAUAGGUCUAAGGCUACAGACAGGGUGAUUCAGAAAGCUCAGCAGAGGGAGGGUUUCUGCCUAAACCAUGCUGUGGUGGUCCCAGCUUGCUGUGUGCUGUCCCCCUGAAGACCAGAUUUCCAGACAUUGAAAGCUACCACUAUGUGUUGUUUUUAUGACUGGCUCCUAGGCUCACUCCUCACCAUGUCUCCUGCUGAACGCAGCACAGCUCAGCAUGACCCACUGAGCAAUGCAGGCUAUCCUAAGGGGUGUUCAGGGUGGGUAGGAGGCCAGGGCAAGGGGCAAUGAGGUGGGAAUGACACAAAUGACACAGCAUGUCACUGCUACCUGGCCACAAAGCAGAGGGUGAAGUGCAAGACUCUGUAGCCUUGUCUCUAACACACAGUUGCAUCUGCUGUGGAUCCUGGGCAGAUCUGCGGUCACUUUGCCUGAGUAGAUAGAGGUGAAUCUUUGAUGCAAGGUGCCAGAGCUCCACUGAUGUCCCAUCUAUAGGCAGUGGCUGCAAGUAGAGCCAUGUGGUUUACUCCAGCCCUGUGUUUGUCCUGGCCAGCUCUGCUUGCCUGUAAAGAUGAGUUAUGUUCACAUGGGUCUGUCUUCCUUUAGGUUGGAUAUUAGAAAAAGGUGCUUCACCCAGAGGGUGGUGGAGCACUGGAACAGGCUCUCCAGGGAGGUAGUCACGGCACCAAGCCUGAUGCUGCUCAAGAAGCUCUUGGACAACACCCUCAGAGAUAUGGUGUGAAUUUGGGGUUGUCCUGUGCAGGGACAGGAGUUGGACUUGAUGAUCCUUGUGGGUCCCUUCCAACUCAGGGCAUUCUAGGAUUCCUGAGUUGUCAAGAUCCCAUCUGUGUGCAGAUGAGGUGCCAUGCCUACAUAGAAAGUGAUGUCAGCAGCAGAACUGGUAGUUACUGGCAAGUGCAGAAGCAGAAUUUAAAAAUUUUUUUUUUUAACAGAGUGUGUAUUCUUGAAUAACCUCCCUGAUGAAAGCUGUCUUGGUAGUAAUUACUGUAGCCCAGCCGUGUAUCACAUCAUCUGCAGGCACUAUUGUAGUACAGAUAUUGAUACAAGGCAAGAUUCAGCUGAUCAAUAUACUGCAGAGAAAUUGUGUGAACAAAACUGCAUUUCUAUUGAUCAUGAGACAGAAGAAUUACAGGGUAAUUGAAUAUUCUUCCUUCCAUUUCAUAAAUAUAGUUAAAACUAAUUAGAUUCUUGAAAUGCAGGCAGUUUUUGGCUUGAAAGAAUGCGGUGAGCUUUAACUUGGCACAUUCUUCUUAACUGGUUUCCAGCAAAUCUGGACUUGUUCACCAUCUGUGUUGAAAUGAGUUUGUUGUUUUAGAAGAUGAAGCAUAAAGUAAAUGCAAGUACAAUCAUUAACUGAGCAGAAACAAAAAAUGUAUUUUAGAAUAAAACUUUCAAGUAAUAAUACUGUUAGCUAAUUAUGUGAAAACAAAACAGGAUCUCAAAAUGGUCAUGUAAGGCAAUAGGAAUUAGUAUGUCCUUAGAGGCUGAGAAUUUAUUUUUUUGUGUAAACAUAGUCAACUAAACAUUAAAUUUUAACGGGUAGAGGAGGACACUUUGGUUUCAUUCUGCUUAAGCUUGUUGUAAAAUGAAGAAUUACGUGCACUUCACGCAGGUUGGUAAGGAAAGUUUCCCACUGCCAGAGGAGUAUUCGCUUUUCUAGUGUUGUGUUUUUCCAGUGAUAACUUGCAAUUAGCCCUUACCUUUCAUUGUGGAGUGGAUGACAAGAAGGGUCAGAGAAUGGGUUCGCUUAAUGGAAGUACCGCAAACUGGUGAAUUUAAGCCCUGCGUUUCUCUUCGUUUCUAGGAACCUAAGCCUGCACUCAGGUGAGGAUACAGACCUUUCCCCUCUUCCUUCUGAUUCUGCAUGAAUUAACUGGUCAUUGAAUAUGCUAACUCUGUGCAAUCCUGCAGCUGUAAGGACAAACCUUGGUUCUUUAAGGUGAACUAACAUGGUCGUUGUUUCUUAGGUUGAGAAUGCAGUUGUCUAGAAAGAAAACAUAAGAUGCUUUGUAUAUUUUGUCUGGUAGGACUCUUACUUCUUACGAAAAAAUCGAUGGGAUAAUAAAAUCUUUUAACUCUGA